AUGUCUGGUCGAGGCAAAGGUGGUAAGGGCUUGGGAAAGGGCGGCGCUAAGCGCCAUCGUAAAGUCCUCCGGGAUAAUAUUCAGGGCAUCACCAAGCCCGCCAUCCGGCGCCUGGCCCGCCGCGGCGGAGUCAAGCGCAUCUCGGGGCUGAUCUACGAGGAGACCCGCGGCGUGCUCAAGGUGUUCCUGGAGAACGUGAUCCGCGACGCCGUCACCUACACGGAGCACGCCAAGCGCAAGACUGUCACCGCCAUGGACGUGGUCUACGCGCUCAAGCGCCAGGGCCGCAAGGGCUUGACCUCGAUUCCGCUUUUGUCUUCCUCUAGAGCCAUGGCUCGUACGAAGCAGACCGCUCGCAAGUCCACCGGCGGCAAGGCGCCCCGCAAACAGCUCGCCACCAAGGCGGCCCGCAAGAGCGCGCCGGCCACCGGCGGCGUGAAGAAGCCCCACCGCUACCGGCCCGGCACCGUGGCGCUGCGCGAGAUCCGCCGCUACCAGAAGUCGACGGAGCUGCUGAUCCGCAAACUGCCGUUCCAGCGGCUGGUGCGCGAGAUCGCACAGGACUUCAAGACCGACCUGCGCUUCCAGAGCUCGGCGGUGAUGGCCCUGCAAGAGGCGAGCGAGGCUUACCUGGUGGGUCUGUUUGAGGACACCAACCUGUGCGCCAUCCAUGCCAAGCGGGUGACCAUCAUGCCCAAGGACAUCCAGCUGGCACGCCGCAUCCGUGGGGAGAGGGCUUGCUUGGCAGCCUUCGGCUUAGGGGCUUUAGCCUUGGCCGGACUCUUGGCAGGCUUCUUGGGCUUGGCAGCUGCCUUCACCUUUUUCGGGCUCUUGGCAACUUUCUUGGCCCCAGCAGUGGCAGCGGGCUUCUUCGCCUUCUUCGGGGUCUUCUUGGCGCUCUUCUUCGGGGUCGCAGAGCCAGUGGCCUUCUUGGGCUUCUUGGCUGCGCCGGCUGGCUUCUUAGGCUUAGCCGCGCCCGCCUUCUUGGCCUUGGGCUUGGCUUCCCCGGAGGCCGCCUUCUUGUUGAGCUUGAAGGAGCCAGAGGCGCCGGUGCCCUUGGUCUGCACCAGGCCGGCAGCCGCCAGCGCCUUCUUGAGCGCGGCAAGGGACACCCCGUUGCGCUCCUUGGAGGCGGCCACAGCCUUGGUGAUAAGCUCGGACACCGGAGGUCCGGUAGCCUUGCGCUUCCCGGCCGCAGCGCCAGCCUUCUUCGCCUUCUUCUUCGCAGGUGCCUUCUCCGCAGGUGCGGGGGCCGCGGGAGCAACAGGAGCUGUCUCCGACAUUUUCCUGCCUCGUGAGAAGAGCCAAAAGUCCGCACCGUUGAUAUGUAAGGGACUGCAGGGAGCGCUUAAGCAAGCUGGUCUGUUAGUAGCAGCUAUGUCUGGUCGUGGAAAAGGCGGGAAGGGGCUCGGGAAGGGCGGCGCUAAGCGCCACAGGAAGGUCCUCCGUGACAACAUUCAGGGCAUCACCAAGCCCGCCAUCCGGCGCCUGGCCCGCCGCGGCGGAGUCAAGCGCAUCUCGGGGCUGAUCUACGAGGAGACCCGCGGCGUGCUGAAGGUGUUCCUGGAGAACGUGAUCCGCGACGCCGUCACCUACACGGAGCACGCCAAGCGCAAGACUGUCACCGCUAUGGACGUGGUCUACGCGCUCAAGCGCCAGGGCCGCACCCUCUACGGCUUCGGCGGCUAAGUUGCA